AUGAAUGAAGAAGAAGAAGAGAAAAUGGCAGAUACAAUAAAAUUUAUUCUAAAAGGGUAUCAAAAAAUAGGAAGAGAUAUAAAAAUUGUAGAAAGAAUUAGAAAUACAGAAAUAGAUAUUGAUAGAAUGAUAAAGAGAGAAGAAAUAAAAGGAAGGAUAAGAUAUGAAGAAAGAGAGAAAAUAGAAAUAAAUAAGAAUGAAGAAUAUAAAUCUAUAAGAAGAAAUGAAAAGAAAGAAGAAGAAAAGUAUAAAAUAAUAGAAACAGAAGGAAAUAUUGGACGACCAAUGAAAAUGACAAUAACACUUAAAGAAAUUUAUAUUGAAAGUGGAAAAAUAAUCAUUCAAGAAGUUACUAAUAUAUUAAAUAAAAAAGAAGAAAUAAAAGAAAAAUAUAUUGAUAUAAUGGUAAAUCUAUUAUUUUAUAUUCCAAUGAGAAAUGAUUAUUUAGAUCAACUCAUUGAUGGAAUAGAUAAAAUAAUAAUAAGAGAAAAUAUAGAUUAUUUGAAAAUAAAAAUAUUUUCAUUUCCUUUAAUUAGAAAUAUCAUAAAAAUGAUGAAUGAUAAAGAAAAGACAAUUAGAGAGAAAUGUUAUAAAUAUUAUAAAAGAAUACUUGAAAUAGAUUAUAAAUAUCAUAAAACACUUUCAAAUACAACAUAUUAUUCAAUUACAGCAAUUACAGAACUUCAAUUAAAAGAAAGUAUAAAGUUAGAAGAAACAUUAGAAGCAGAAAUAAAGAAUAAAGAAGAAAAGAGUUUAUUUAAAAAUGAUAUAAAUAAAGUUAUCUUUCAAAUUAAAGAAAUUUUAAAUGUUUCACAUGAAUUAAUUAAAAUGGACAAAUAUAAAACAGAUAUGAAUCUUAUUCAAGAAAAAUAUAUUGAAAUUUCAAAGAAAUAUCAAAAGUAUCCAAGAUUAUAUUAUACAUGGAUUGAUAAAGUUGUUCAAACACAAGAAAAAAGUGGGAAUUAUAUUGAAGCAGGAAUUGGAAUGAAUAAAAUAAUUGAAAUAAUAUGGUAUUGUAUUAAACCAAUAAAAGAAGAUUUAAUUAAAAUAAAUAAAAUACCAUUUUAUACAAAAAUAGAUGAAAAAGAAAUUAAAAUUAAAGAAAAUGAUAGAGAAUAUCCAUUUAAUGAAAAUGGAAUUGAAAGAAGUAUAAAUAAAAGUAUUGAAUAUUUUACAAAAGGAAAGAUGUAUGAUUAUAGUAUAAAAAUGAAUGAAAUAUUAAUUGAAUAUUAUAAAUAUAAAGAAGAAAUGAAUAAAGUUUCAGAAUGUUAUUUGAAAAUGGGAGAAUUAUAUAAAAUGAAAAAUGAUAAAAGUCUCAUGUAUAUUGGAGAAUAUUAUUUUGUAAAAUUUAUAGGAAAAGAAUGGGGUGAAUUAGAAAACAAAGAAUAUAUCUAUCGAUCAGAAUUACGAAUUGGAGAAGCAAUUACACAAAUGACAAAAUCACUUGGUGUUACAUUGAAUGGAACUAUUACAAUAAUUAAUCAAAAUAAAGACAUUAAUGAAUUACCAUUUAAUACAUCUUUUAUUCAAAUAGGCUCUGUUAAGAAAUUAGAAGAUAAAGAUCAAACAAAUAAAUUCAUAUCUGAAAUACCUAUCAUUAAAACAAAAGAUAAUAAAAAUAUAACUAUAAAAGAUAUAUGGAAGAAAAAAUUAUAUAUUACAACAGAACAUCCUCUCCCUUCUGAACUCAUAAGACAAAAAGUUCUUCAUAUUGAAGAAUAUCUUUGUACUCCAAUUGAAUGUUGUAUUGAUGAUGUAAUUAAGAAGAAGAAACAACUUACUUCACAAUUUAUUAUCUCAAAUCAAAGAAAUACUCCUACGAUGACUCUCUUAUCUCUUUUACAAGGUUCAUUAAUUCCUCAAGUGAAUGGUGGAAUUAUUGAAUAUUUUGAAAUGAUCAAAAGUACUGAUAUUAAUAAAGAAUAUCGUGAACAAUUGUUGAAUGAAAUAACUUCAUUUCUUGAUUUAUGUAAUGAAUGUUUAAAUCUAUAUGAAACAAUAUUAAACAAGAAAUAUUUUCAACUUCAUUUAAAAAUGAAAGAUGGAUUACAUUCUCUCUAUUCAAUUUUGAAUUCUCUUAUUAUUAAUGAUUAA